ACAGUUUACAGUAUCUGCCAGCUGUGAGUAACAGCAGGCUGUCAUGAUGGGAUAUAGCAGAAGCAGCAGCAGCAACUCCUGAUUUAGGGGCAAUCGAUGAAGAUAAAAUAACUACACAACUUACUCAAAACCCAAGACAAAUUCAGAGAGUCAGUGAUGGAACUUUGGGCUCCCCAGAGGCUGCCCCAGACACGAGGGACGGUCACAGCACCCUCAAAGGAUCCAGACCGAGGGUUUCGGAGAGAUGGACAUCAUCGGCCUGUCCCUCACUCUCGGCACAAUGGAGAGAGGUUUCACCAAUGGCAAGACAACCGUGGGAGCCCCCAGCCACAGCAGGAGCCCAGGACAGACCAUCAACAGUCCCAUUAUGCCUCCAGGCCUGGGGACUGGCAUCAGCCUCUGUCUAGAAUUGACUAUUACGAAAGUGGUUAUCCCAGUCAGUUGUAUUCAAGGCCAGGGUAUGAGAAUUCAUAUCAGGGCUAUCACUCUCCCACAACGAGGGAGGAAUAUGCUUAUGGAAGUUACUACUAUCACGGACACCCGCAGUGGCUGCAGGAAGAAAGAGUGCCAAGGCAAAGGAGUCCUUAUAUCUGGCAUGAAGAUUACCGAGAGCAAAAGUACCUUGAUGAACAUCAUUAUGAAAACCAGCACAGUCCAUUUGGAACAAAUAGUGAGACCCACUUCCAAUCUAACAGUAGGAACCCUUAUAAAGACAGCCCUGCUUCCAACUCUGGACAGGAGUGGCCCGGGGAGCUGUUUCCAGGGAGCCUGCUUGCUGGGGCCCAGAAAACUAAGCCAUCACUGGCUAGUGAGUCCAACCUUCUCCAGCAGCGUGAGUCUGGUCUCAGCUCCAGCAGCUAUGAGCUCAGUCAGUACAUCACAGAUGCCUCCGAGCGGGAUGAUCCCCCAGCUUCAGCAGCUUGGAGUCCAGUUCAGGCUGAGGAUGUCUCCUCAGCUGGUCCCAAAGCACCCAUGAAGUUCUACGUUCCUCAUGUUCCUGUGAGUUUCGGGCCAGGAGGUCAGCUGGUGUGUGUAGGUCCCAGCUCUCCCACUGACGGGCAAGCAGCGCUUGUUGAACUGCACAGCAUGGAGGUUAUUCUGAAUGAUUCCAAAGAGCAAGAGGAGAUGAGAAGUUUCUCAGGACCCUUGAUUAGGGAAGAUAUACAUAAGGUGGAUAUUAUGACGUUUUGCCAGCAGAAAGCAGCUCAGAGCUGCAAAUCUGAGACACUGGGGAGCAGAGACUCGGCUCUACUGUGGCAGCUCUUGGUUCUCCUUUGUCGCCAGAAUGGGUCCAUGGUGGGGUCUGACAUUGCUGAGCUGCUAAUGCAAGACUGCAAGAAGCUGGAGAAGUACAAACGGCAGCCCCCUGUGGCCAACCUCAUCAGCCUGACCGAUGAAGACUGGCCAGUGCUGAGCUCUGGGACCCCGAACCUGCUCACCGGAGAGAUCCCCCCCAGUGUGGAGACACCUGCGCAGAUCGUGGAGAAAUUCACUAGACUGCUCUACUAUGGAAGGAAGAAGGAAGCCUUGGAGUGGGCCAUGAAGAACCACUUGUGGGGCCAUGCUUUGUUCUUGUCCAGCAAGAUGGACCCACGGACCUACAGCUGGGUCAUGAGUGGCUUCACCAGCACGCUGGCGCUCAAUGACCCACUGCAGACCCUAUUCCAGCUCAUGUCGGGGAGGAUUCCACAGGCAGCCACGUGUUGUGGAGAAAAGCAGUGGGGAGACUGGAGGCCUCACUUGGCUGUGAUUCUGUCAAAUCAGGCUGGGGACCCGGAGCUGUAUCAGCGUGCGAUUGUUGCCAUGGGUGACACUCUGGCUAUGGUAAGGUUGUGCCAAGUCAUAGGGAGACCACGCAGCACCCUGAGUAGUUCACAGGUGUAUAAGCUCCUUUAUGCUUCCCGUCUGGCAGAUUACGGCCUCGUGUCCCAGGCCUUGCAUUACUGCGAAGCCAUUGGUGCAGCUGUCUUGAGCCAGGGAGAGAGCAGUCACCCUGUGCUGUUAGCGGAACUCAUCAAGCUAGCAGAGAAACUGAAGCUAUCAGAUCCUCUGGUUUUAGAAAGACGCAGUAGAGACAGGGACCUAGAGCCAGAUUGGCUAGUGCAACUUCGGAGGCAGCUGGAGCAAAAGAUAGCAGGAGACACUGGGGAUCCUCAUCUUACUCGCUCAGAUAUUUCGGGAGCCAGAGGAACAACAACAGAAAACACUUUCUACCAGGACUUUUCUGGAUUUCAAGGCUACUCUGAAGCCCCUGGGUACCGCUCAGCUCUGUGGCUGACGCUUGAGCAGACCUGCCUGCCCCAGCCCAGCCCACAGCAGCCCUUCCCUCUCCAGCCAGGCUCCUACCCAGCAGGAGGGGGUGCAGGGCAGACAGGGGCACCGAUGCCUCUUUACUCAGUUCCUGAGAUCCACCUACCAGGAACUGGCAGCAGCGUGGCAGUGACAGAGGCCCCUGGAAGAACAGUCUGGGAGGAACCGCUGCAGACACACCUGGGCCCUGGAGAGAACACAGUGUCUCAAGAAACCUCCCAGCCUCCUGAUGGCCAAGAGGUCAUUUCCAAACCACAGACACCGCUGGCUGCCAGAGCACCAAGUAUUUCUGAGAGUUCCACCAAUUCAACCAAGGAGGAUGAGGAGGAGUCCUCCGAUGAGGCUGAUAAAAACUCUCCCCAAAAUACUGCCCGGAGAGGCAAGCUCGGAGAUGGGAAGGAGCAUACAAAGAGCUCAGGGUUUGGCUGGUUCAGCUGGUUUCGAUCGAAGCCCACCAAGAACGCAUCUCCCUCUGGAGAGGAGGACUCCUCGGACAGCCCUGACUGUGAGCGGGAGACCCCCAGAGCAUCUUCUCCCCACCAGGCUGGCCUGGGCCUCUCACUGACACCCUCUCCUGAGUCCCCCCCUCUGCCAACUCUUAGCGCCUUCUCCGUGGGCACAGGUGGGGGUGAAGGCCAAGGAUCCACAUCCAGUGGGGGAGCAGCUGCGGGUGCUGGGGUUGGAGGCUUGUCUGGACCUGAGAGUGUUUCCUUUGAGCUCUGCUCCAACCCUGGUGUUCUGCUUCCUCCACCUGCCUUAAAAGGGACUGUUCCUCUUUACAACCCAUCUCAGGUCCCUCAGCUGCCCAUGGCCACUAGCCUGAAUCGGCCAAAUCGCCUAGCUCAGCGUCGCUAUCCCACUCAGCCAUGCUGAGAAUAAACACGCGUCCCAGGUUCAUCGCCACAACUUUGCUUGCUCUCCUUUUCUCAAUCUCCCAGUCCCUCUCUACCAUACUGGGACCCUCAAGAGGUUUGUGUCAGCCCGAUGUCUCCACCAGUCACUGAGAAGGCAAGAAGACAGGAUCUCUCAAGACACAGCACAAUUCAGUCUCUUAAGAUUAGCUUCAGAAUGCCGGAAAUUAUUUCAUCAGGUGGCAGGUCUGGGUCUAAUAGCAGACUGCACAUGAGCAGAGUGACAUAGUGGUGGCACUUAUGGUGGUGGCUUGAGAGCCUUGGGGAAAUUAGGGCCCUAACAGCUAGAAUCAAAGAUGGGACCACAGAGCCCUGUAGCAGGAAAUGGGAAGCGGGGGAGGGGCAGGAGCUCAGAACAAUGUUCUAGACCAAUUUGGACUUCUUCCUGUCUUAGUAAUAGACCAAUACAUGGCUCUACUUAGCAAAGUUUUUAUACUGAAACUUGAUUAUUACUGCCCUUUAUAAUUUCCUCUUCAAUGAUACUUCAGCAGUUUCCCUCUUGGUCCUAGUUUUGUGCACAUUUUUUUUUUUUUUUAAUGUGGUUCAGAUUAAUUAUAUUUCUCUCACUUUCUUAGCUGGUCCUAUUUUUUCACAUUCUGGCAUGUGGCUAUCAAGUUAGAUUGCUCUAGGCAUCAUAUUGUCAUGGUAACUACUGAACCUAAUGAUGCAGAUGGAUGGCACAUCAGUAUAAUAAAUGAUGGAAAGCAGUUCCUAAAAAUUCAUCCCUUUCAUAAGAGGGGAAGAAUGAGUGCCUUAUAUUGUUAAUACCUCCCUUUCUACCUCAGGCCUUUGCAAAUUGAUGUUCGGAGGGUCACUGGAGUGAGAGGGAGGAGGGGGGCGUCUUGGAAAUUUCCAUUUCUCUUUUCAAACCCAAAAUAGGAAUGACUCUUGCUGUUUGUCAGAUUUGCUGAAAAUUGCUCCUCACAAAGAACAUUUUUUUGUACAUGUAAUUGUAAAUACAGGUUUAGUAUGUUAAUGUUCUAUAGUUCUGAUGUUGAUAAUAAUUAAACCCAGAUAAUUUUAUAGCAA